CCAUGUUUUUUCCAUAGGAGAUCCAUGUUUCCUUUGCUGGUACACACUGAAAAAAGGAAGUAAGCAACAGAUGUAUGCUCUGUCCUGCAGAUGUCCUCAGAUGCCUGAAGCGUGAGAGGAAGAGCGUUCAGCUGUCGGAUUUUGUUUGUGCUGCCACGUUCAUUUUGUGGAACUAACUGGACUAAAGAAGCCAUUACAGACAACCAGCACAGCAGCAGUUGGAGGAAAUGGCUGCUAAAAACCUUGUUUCGGAAGAAGAGCUUUCCUGUCCUGUGUGCUGUGACAUCUUCAGGGAUCCUGUUGUUCUGUCGUGCAGCCACAGUGUGUGUAAAACCUGUCUGCAGCAGUUCUGGGCAACUAAGAGAUCUCGAGAAUGUCCAGUUUGUAGAAGAAGAUUCCCCUUAAAAUAUGAGCCCCCCUGUAACCUCGUACUGAAAAACGUGUGUGAGUCUUUUCUAGAGAGCAGGAGUCAGAGAUCUUCAGCAGGGUCUGAGGUGCUCUGCAUUCUGCACAAUGAGAAACUCAAACUCUUCUGUCUGGAUGAUCAGCAGCCUGUGUGUGUGGUGUGUCAGGCCUCACAAAUCCAUAGAAAUCACAGCUGCUGUCCAACAGACGAAGCUGUGCACACUUUCAAGACAGAACUCAAGACCUCUUUAGAGUCUCUACAAGAGAAACUGAAGCUCUAUGAGGAGACAAGACAAGACUAUGACCAAACAGCAGCUCACAUUAAGACGCAGGCCCAGCACACAGAGAGGCAGAUAAAGGAGGAGUUUGAGAAGCUUCACCAGUUUCUAAGAGAUGAAGAAGCAGCAAGGAUAGCUGCACUGAAGGAGGAAGAGGAGCAGAAGAGUCAGAUGAUGAGGAGGAAGAUUGAGGAGAUGAAUGGAGAAAUAUCAGCUCUUUCAGACACAAUCAGACACAUAGAGAAGGAAAUGGGAGCUGAGGACGUUCUGUUCUUACAGAAAGUUCAGUCGACAAUGAAUCAACUCAAGAGCACACCAAAGGAUCCACAGAAGACAUCAGGAGCUCUGAUCAAUGUUGCAAAAUGCAUUUCCAACCUGAAGUUCAGAGUGUGGGAGAACAUGCAGGAGAUUCUCCAGUACACCCCUGUUACUCUGGACCCCAACACUGCACAUCGAGCCCUCCACCUGUCUGAUGAUCUCACUGCUGUUGUAAGCAGAAAUGAGGAAUUACUGCUUCCUAAUAAUCCAGAGAGAUUUGAUUGGUGCAAGUGUGUUUUGGGCUCUGAGGGUUUUAACUCAGGCACUCACCGCUGGGACGUCCAGGUUGGAGAUACUGCUCGCUGGGAAGUGGGAGUGAUAGCAGAGUCUAUUCCGAGAAAGGGAGGAUCUCUCUGGGGUGGUGUGUGGGCUCUGGGCUUUAACAGCACUGAUAAAUACUGGGUACGCUACCCAGGACAGCCACUCCAGUUUCUCAAAAUAAAAGAGAAGCUGCAGAGGGUCAGAGUGCAGCUGGACUGGGACAGGGGGAAAGUGACCUUCACUGAUCUUCUGACCAACACACACCUGCACACUAUAACACACACUUUCACUGAGAGAGUUUUACCAUUAUUCCGAAACUGGAGUGUUCACUACGCGCUCAAAGUCUUACCACUGAGGUCGUCCAUAACAGUGGAACAGCACAGAUGAAGACAAUGUCAAUAGGAAUCCAGUCAAAACGGUGUUGUUUAUAUGUGCAAUAAUGGGACAGUAUGAACCACAGGGUGUAGAAACAUCAGAGGUCAGAUGAAUCUUAAACAUGGUUACGGAUGAGCUUUCUGAGGCCUCAUUUAAAUAAUCAUGGAUAAAGGAUUAUGAAGCAGGCCAUUUAAACUGGUGCCCAUGAGCCUCUGAGCCAGUCACUCAUUUUAUGAGACUAAAAAUUCUCCACAAGGGGGCGAUAUUAGCCCUCUGAAUAGCUUUUGAUGCUUAUUGAGUGGAGCUUUGCAUCAAAGACACUGAGUCAGUGGUAUUAAUGGAGAAAACAGACAGAACAGAAGAAAAUUUGCAAAGUUUAUGGAUUGAAACAGAAUGAGAAUGAGCAUGAGAAACAGAAAAUGAAGACAAUGUCUAAGACUGAACUUCGGAGGACCCUGCAGAUUUCUUUGAAGAACUGAAAGCAAUGGAACCAAAAUGAAUGAAAACUGUAAUAAAGGGUGGAGACACCAAACACUGAAAAGUGUUGUAUUUAGUUGUUGAGUCUUCUGUGUUUUCUGUAUUUUAAGGCUUGAACUGAACAUUUAUAGUGUUUACUGGUAUUAUGUUAUGUAUAAAUUAUGUAUUGUGUUAUGUAUGAAUUUCCUAAACAAUUAAGUCAUUAAAAACCUCACUGUU